UUAAAGAUAUAAAUCUUUAAAUCACAGUGUUGAGUAGCAUAAACUGAAACUGUGUUCAUAAGAACUUCCGUUGGUAUUAUUAUUAUCCUACUUUCAGGAGCUACAUUGAGAUGGAGAAGAGAUUCAAGGUGUGGGUUUACAAGGAAGGUGAGCCACCGCUCGUUCAUGGCGGGCCAGUAAAUGACAUCUAUGGCAUAGAAGGACAGUUCAUUGACGAGGUAGAGAGCGGAAAAAGCCACUUUCUAGCUCGAAACCCUAAUGAAGCUCACGUAUUCUUCCUCCCCAUCAGCGUAGCCAGUAUCAUCAACUUCUUAUACAAGCCUCUCAUCACCUACUCUCGUGAUCAGCUGCAACGCUUGGUCACUGAUUACAUCAACAUCGUCGCUGAUAAACACCCUUAUUGGAACAGAAGCAACGGAGGUGAUCAUUUCUUAAUCUCCUGCCAUGAUUGGGCACCAGACAUCUCCCUGGCGAAUCCUGAGCUUUACAAGAAUCUCAUCAGGGUGCUUUGCAAUGCCAAUACUUCUGAAGGGUUCCAGCCUCAUAGAGACGUCUCUCUGCCAGAAAUCAUCAUCCCCAAAGCCAAGCUCGGCCCUCCUCAUGGUCAAGACGUAGCUCCGACCAACCGUACAAUCCUUGCCUUCUUUGCCGGUGGUUGCCAUGGUUACAUCAGAGAGCUCUUGUUAGAUCACUGGAAACACAAAGACAACGAGAUUCAAGUCCACGAAUCCCUCCACAAGAAGAUGAAAAAUUACUUUGAAUUAAUGGGUCGAAGCAAGUUUUGUCCGUGUCCGAGUGGAUAUGAAGUAGCAAGUCCGAGAGUGGUAACAGCAAUUCAACUAGGAUGUGUUCCUGUAAUAAUUUCUGAUAACUAUACGCUGCCGUUUAGUGAUGUGCUUGACUGGAGCAAGUUCUCAGUGCACAUUCCAUCGGAGAAGAUUCCUGAAAUAAAGAAAAUUUUGGAAGGGAUUUCACAUAGACGGUAUCUUCAACUGCAAAGAAGAGUGAUGAAGGUUAAAAAGCAUUUUGUGUUGAAUAGACCAGCUCAGCCUUAUGACAUGAUUCAUAUGAUUCUCCACUCUGUGUGGCUAAGGAGGCUUAAUUUGAGACUCCCCUAUUGAUGUAUAUGUGUUUUGUUCUUUCUUGCUCUAAUUCUUAGAUCCA